AUGUGGCCCACAAAGACAAGGCUAGAUAACCAGACCCUCUCCAGGGAGGUUAAUAAACUGUCCGAAUUGGAAAGCGGGGCCGCCGCUGACACCCCUCCGCUGGAGACCCUGAGCUUUCAUGGCGAUGAAGAGAUUAUCGAGGUGGUAGAACUGGAGCCUGGUCCACCGGAUGAUCUGGCCCAGGAGAUGGAAGAUGUGGAUUUUGAGGAGGAGGAAGAGGAAGAAGAGGGCAACGAGGAGGGCUGGGUUCUGGAACCCCAGGAGGGGGUGGUCGGCAGCAUGGAGGGCCCUGACGACAGUGAGGUCACCUUUGCCUUGCACUCAGCCUCAGUAUUUUGUGUAAGCCUGGACCCCAAGACUAACACCUUGGCAGUGACGGGCGGUGAAGACGACAAGGCCUUUGUGUGGCGGCUCAGCGAUGGCGAGCUGCUCUUUGAGUGUGCAGGCCAUAAAGAUGUAACUCGUGCGGGAUUCAGCCAUGACUCUACCUUAGUGGCCACGGGGGACAUGAGUGGCCUCUUGAAAGUGUGGCAGGUGGACAACAAGGAAGAGGUGUGGUCCUUUGAGGCGGGAGACCUGGAGUGAAUGGAGUGGCACCCUCGGGCACCUGUCCUCUUAGCGUGCACGGCUGAUGCAAACACCUGGAUGUGGAAGGUCCCAAAUGGUGACUGUAAGACGUUCCAGGGUCCCACCUGCCCCGCCACCUGUGGCCACGUCCUCCCUGAUGGGAAGAGAGCUGUGGUUGGCUACGAAGAUGGCACCAUCAGGAUUUGGGACCUGAAACAGGGCAACCCCAUUCAUGUGCUAAAAGGGCCUGAGGGUCACCAGGGUCCUCUGACCUGUGUGGCCACCAAUCAGGAUGGCAGCCUGAUCCUGACUGGCUCUGUGGACUGCCAGGCCAAGCUGGUCAGUGCCACCACUGGCAAGGUUGUGGGUGUCUUCAGACCUGAGACCGUGGCCUCCCAGCCCAGCCCAGGUGAAGGCGAGGAGAGCGAGUCUAACUCAGUGGAGUCGCUGGGCUUCUGCAGUGUGAUGCCCCUGGCCGCUGUCGGCUACCUGGACGGGACCUUGGCCAUCUAUGACCUGUCUACACAGACCCUCAGGCACCAGUGUCAGUACCAGUCCGGGAUCGUGCAGCUGCUGUGGGAGGCAGGUACUGCCGUGUUCUACACCUGCAGCCUGGAUGGUGUGGUGCGCCUCUGUGAUGCCCGGACUGGCCGCUUGCUCACAAAUUACCGGGGUCACACGGCUGAGAUGCUGGACUUUGCCCUCAGCAAAGAUGCCUCCCUGGUGGUGACCACGUCAGGAGACCACAAAGCGAAAGUCUUUUGUGUCCAGAGGCCUGACCGCUAAUGGCUACAGCUUCUGGCCUUGUGUCACCAGCAGAGGCGGAGGGGUACAGAGGGGUAUGGUGGGGGCCUGGCCCCACUUUCCAGCCCCUCCAUCUGGCCUGCCCCUCUCUAUCCUCUCCUCCUCCUUAGACCCCACCCCUACCCCAGGGUGCUCCCUCCCCUGGUGCAGACCCAGUGACCCUGGGUAUAUGUGUGUUGGGGGGCGGGGGACAGGUCUCUUUCUCUCUCUCUCUCAUUUGCUGGUGUGAGCAUUGCAAGGCUGUGUGUUUGCAAGUGGGGAAUAGAUGGCGGGGGUUCCCGUUCCUUCCCUCCCUGA